UCAAGCGGUGAGAUUCGCCGAGCAUAUCACAAGCUCUCGCUUCAAUACCACCCCGAUAAGGUUGGGGACAAAUCGGAUGAAGAGAAAGCUGCUUCAAAUGCAAAAUUCUUGAAGGUUUCAUCCGCCUAUGAAGUGCUAGCCAAUGAGAAGUCUCGGCAAAGCUACGAUGUUCAGCUUGUUUGGUGUGCUGCAAUCCCCUGA